CAAAGAACAUUCCUUACUGAGAGAGCCGAGUUCAACGCCCUACCCUCAAAUUCAAUUAUUCCACAUUUUACAGUUCUCGCGGGUGGUCCGGGUGCUCCUUCUCCCUUCGAAAUAUUCCAAGUGCGAGAACUUGGUUCCUCCCAUUUCCUAACUUGUCACCAUCACUCCAGGUACGGGUGCGGACAGAGAACUUUUGCUUCACGAUUUGGUCCUUCUAUUUGUUUCAGCAAAAAAACUCCGUUGCCAUGCAAGGGUUUGUCCAGAAAUCGGGGAGAGCCCGGACUAGCCGCGUCUCUCCCGCACACUUAAACGCGCUCCCGCGCCUAACUCCACCUCCACCGCUUCCUCCGACCUUACCAGGAGGGCAAGAAAAGUACGAGGUGGUUAUUGUGGGCUCGUAAGCUCCUCCUAUCCAAUCCUAGCUCCGCAUACACUCACGACCCAUCAUCAGCGGGCCAGCCGGAAUCUUCGCCUCAGUCCUCCUCGCUCGCUACGGCGUCACAAGCCUCCUAACUGUAGACGAGAAGCAUUCCCAAGCAGAGAUUGGGCACGCUGAUGGCCUGCAGCCACGCACCCUGGAAGUCCUUCAAUCCCUCGACCUUGCGCAUGAGCUCCUCACUCAGGGGUGCCAAUUCCAUGAAGUGGGCUUUUGGAACGCCGGUCCAGGGAAUAAAGGCAUUGUUAGAACUAACCGGGUGCCGAAUAUUUCGGUGCCUGCUAGGUUCCCGCAUGAGAUUACGAUCCAUCAAGGAAGGAUUGUGAAAAUUCUGAACGAGGAUCUUGAGAGGAAUGGUGGGAGGGUGCAGCUGGGUUGGAAGGUUAUCGGGUUUGAGAUUGAUGAGCCGGCGGAGGAGGGGGGAUUCCCUGUUGUCGUCAGGAUGAUCAGGGCUGGAAAGGAGGGGAAUGGGGAGGAGCGGGUCGUUCGGUGUAAGUACUUAUUUGGAGCAGAUGGAGCGAGGAGUGUGGUCAGACAGGGUAUGGGGCUACAGCUUGAGGGGGAUCAUACGGAUCAUGUUUGGUGUGUGCUCACUGGUUCUUGUGUGGAUGCCAUAUCACUGACUGAAAUGCGAGGGGUGUAAUGGAUACUGUCGUGAAAACACCCUUUCCAGAUAUCAGGAGGAAAUGCGCUAUCGUGAGUCUGCCGCCGUACUCUCCCAAGGACUUGGUUCAGACUAAAGAAGGAAAUAGCACUCUCCGGAAGGUUCGAUCAUGAUCAUCCCCCGAGAGCGCAUCUCCCCGAAGCAAGCAAUUACAAGAAUAUACUGCCAAAUAGAAGGUGAAGUGGAGAGAGACCAGGAUGUCAACAAGUUCAGGAGGAAGACCGACAAGCCGGCGAUCGGAGAUAUCAAACGCAUCGCGAGAGAGCGUCGCAAAAAGACCUCGGCUCAACAAAUCCAAUCACAGACCAAGAAAGUGCUAUCUCCUUAUAGUAUCGAAUUUGGCGAGGUAGAGUGGUGGGUGAGUUCACCCUUGUAGUUCAUCGCCGGCUUGAAGAAAAUGCGAGUGCUUAAUAGUAUAUCUCAAAUAGGCCGCUUACCAAAUCGGCCAACGUAUCUCCCCGCGGUUUUCCCAGUCCGAUUGCCACGGCACUCUUCGUGUGCACAUCGCCGGCGAUGCCUGCCACACCCACAGCCCGAAAGCUGGCCAGGGUAUGAACGUCUCCAUGAUGGAUGCGUACAAUUUCUCUUGGAAAGUGGCGCAUGUGCUCAACGGGCUCACUCCGCCAAAUGUUGACCUAUUGUCUACCUACCAGUAUGAGAGGUUGGAUAUCGCUCGGCAGCUAAUCGAUUUCGACCGCGGGUUUUCUAAAAUGUUCUCUGGACGGAUCGGGGAUGAUCAUGGACUUACGCAUGAGCAGUUUCAGGACGCGUACGCGAAAAUGUGCGGGUUCACGAGUGGCUGUGGGAUCGAGUACCAGGAAGGAAUACUUGUGAAGAACGGCCGUGGACCGCUGAAGGAACGGGGGAGAGAAGUUGAGUAUUUGACGCCAGGGAGGAGGACGGUUAAUGCUAAAGUGAUGCGGUUUUGUGACGGGAAUCCUAGGGAUAUUCAAGAUGGUGACUCUUUGCCUCUAACCCUUCUUCCGCCCAGAUGCUAACGCUCAGAAGACCUCCCAUCAACAGCCCGUUACAGAAUUUUAACCCUGCUCCCCACCUCAUUUAAACACUCUCCCGACAAAUACGCGGACCUCCUCACGAAUUUAACCUCAAGAAUACCCUCGGCAUUCCCCCCAUCUAUGGUUGAAGUGCUCAUUUUCUUCCCAGGUGAGCGAGAGAACCUAGAAUGGGUUGACUUCCCCUCCAGUGUAAAGGAGGAAUCAGAGUGGCUGGUUUUCGGAGAUGGGUUUAGGGAGCUAUAUGCUGCUUGGGGGGUCCACGAGGAGGUUGGAGCAUUGGCGGUCGUGAGGCCUGACGGGUACGUUGGAGCUGUGGCGGCGGUGAAUGAGGUUGCCGUAGUCGAAAAUUGGUUGGGGAGAGUGUUGGCCAAGGUGGGAACUCUUGGAGUGAGAGUGCCUGGAUCUAUGCAGUAAGAAUCCACCCCGCUAGAGAGAUGAUGACCAAUUUAUUAACGAAAAGGAACCCCACCAUCUAGGAGGAGCAGACCCUAGCUACAAAUGCGGGUGCGGAUAGGCUAGGAUGUUUUGGGACGAGUAGUAGUUUCCUAACCUGUAACAAAACCAAAAGAGAAGCUCAAAAAAAAGUAAAGGAGGGAAAGGAAAAUAAAUUGAUAGAAUGUUAUAGUGCGAGCGGUUCACAAUAUCCCCUAGGCUGAAAGAAAAGUUCCGACAUGUGGAUGAGCGAUUCUGUAUACCAACAUAUGAUUUACAAGGGCUAGCAAAUAGAAAGCAUUGAGAAUAGAGUUUUUCCAGUAUCCUUCUC